CGUGUUGUCAACCUAUAUGUCACCUACCUCACCCACAGACCGGAUGAUGAUAAACAUUUACUUUUUACUAUUUAGGUGUGGUUCUGUUUUCCUAAAAAGAGUGUAACAAAAUUGUAGUAUUAGUAAAUUUUAAAAUAAAAGUUUAAUAUAAUGGAUAAACUUCCAGCAUGUGUAAUCGAUGUUGGAACUGGGUACACUAAAUUAGGUUUUGCCGCUAAUAAGGAACCGCAGUUUAUAAUCCCAUCAGCAAUUGCUAUUAAAGAAAGUGCUAAAGUUGGAGAUACUAACAGCAGAAGGCUGAAUAAAGGAGUAGAAGAUCUAGAUUUCUUUAUUGGUGAUGAGGCAAUGGAUGCUACAGGAUACGCUGUGAAGUACCCUGUCCGGCAUGGUCUCGUUGAAGAUUGGGACUUGAUGGAAAAAUUUUUAGAACAGUGUAUAUUUAAAUAUCUUCGCGCGGAACCAGAAGAUCAUCAUUUCCUUUUGACAGAACCCCCAUUGAACACUCCCGAGAAUCGAGAAUACAUGGCAGAAAUAAUGUUUGAAUCAUUCAAUGUACCAGGUUUAUACAUAGCAGUGCAAGCUGUUUUGGCUUUAGCUGCAAGUUGGGCUAGCCGAAGUAUAGAAGAACGUACGCUUACUGGAAUAGUUAUUGAUAGUGGAGAUGGUGUUACCCAUGUCAUUCCAGUGGCAGAAGGUUAUGUAAUUGGAAGCUGCAUAAAACACAUCCCAAUAGCUGGCAGAAAUAUAACUUACUUCAUCCAGUCUCUUCUAAGAGAACGUGAAAUCGGUAUACCGCCUGAGCAAUCCCUAGAAACGGCCAAAGCAAUAAAAGAAAAAUACUGUUAUAUAUGCCCGGACAUAGCCAAGGAAUUCUCCAAGUAUGAUACCGACCCGGCUAAAUGGAUGAAACGGUACGAGGGAAUGAAUUCGAUCACCAAACAACUGUUCAACGUUGACGUGGGCUACGAACGGUUCUUAGGACCGGAGAUUUUCUUUCAUCCGGAGUUUUCAAAUCCCGAUUUCACGAUACCGUUGUCGCAAAUCGUCGACGAUGUCAUCCAGAAUUGUCCGAUCGAUGUGCGCAGGCCUUUGUACGAUAAUAUCGUUCUAUCAGGUGGUUCCACUAUGUUCAAAGACUUUAGUAGGCGAUUGCAAAGGGACAUUAAGCGAACCGUAGAUGCAAGACUGAAACUUAGCGAAACGUUGGGAGGUGGCAGAUUGAAGCCAAAACCCAUCGAUGUUCAAGUGGUCUCACAUCAUAUGCAGAGAUAUGCCGUUUACUUUGGCGGGAGCAUGUUAGCGUCCACGCCCGAAUUUUACACCGUCUGUCACACUAAAGAAGAUUACGAAGAAUACGGACCCAGCAUUUGUAGGCACAAUCCAGUUUUUGGUACAAUGACGUGAUUUACUUUUUGUAGUAUUUUUUUUAUAUUCUUUUUAUAUGAUUUAGAGUAAAAACGACGGUGUUUUUAAAUCCAUCAUUACAAAAUAUAAGUUCCAAUUUUAAGUAUUCAC